AUGGCGUCCCCCUCUUUUCUCCCUUCUUUGGCAUCGAUACUUUAUCCCGGCUCUUCCUCCUUCGAUGAAUGUGCUCGAGAUGACCUACGUUACACCUACGGGGUUGAAGAUGAUGUGCAAGUGAUCAUCCCUACUGGAAUACAUCAAUUCUUCAAUCCCCCUUGUGCGAACUAUCCUGGUCCGCCCACUUAUUCCAUUGCUUCUUCACCCUCCGGCGCCAAGAAGAAGGCACAUUUCGAUUUCAACCCCGUCUCCAAACUACUUUUUUAUCAUCCCUACCGCCUUCUUACCCCGAGCUGGAGGGACCAAUUUUUCUUCAUUGCCUUUCCCCGCGACGUGGAGUGGCCCUUGCGAUGGCAACAAUUACUUCCUUCCUCUCCCGAACUGGGAGAAUUUCAUCUUGACUCUUCUUACUUGGAAGCUUCGUCUCGCCUAGCCGGCUGGCGCAUAAAUUUAAUGCGUCUACUAUCUGAGGAAUUGUUAUCCUAUUUUCGCCUGAGCAAUCUGACCCAGGAGACGCCUCGCUCCUUGGCUGAAGUCUUAACCCACGUUUCGGAGGUUCAUCCCCUUCCUUUAAGUGACAUGGAGAUAAUGAGGCGAGGCCGAGUUUUCCUGCAGAGAAGAGCACUCCCCCACUCGUCUUCAACUUCAAUCGGUGGAGCUUUCUCGGCCAAUCCUCCGCCCAGACUUGCUCGACGAGGGUCUCCUGCUGCCCGACCUACUCUAUUGGCUCAUCCUACUCGCCCUCGGACUACUCGUCCCCCUCGACCGGCCACUCCCGCUCGCCUCCGGGCUGCUCGUCCACCUCGACCGGCCACUCCCACUCGCCCCGAGGCUCCCACUCGCCCCCGGGCCCCACGUACGGCCCAGCCUACUCCCCCAACACCACUACUCUCGGUUAGUCCUCCUCGAGCCACUUAUAUCCUCGGUCGGGGCCUUGGUGAAAGGCUUAUGGGCCUUGGCGGAAGAACAGGCAACGUCCCCCUUGCCAGUCCUUCUUUCAGAGAGGCUUCUCAAGCGGCUUGCAGGGCUCGUGCCACAAAUGAACACCUGAGCCAAAAUGCUCCAACUCCCUCUAGACGCAGGGCUCGGUCGUCCUCUGAUGAUUCUAAUUCUGACGAUCAGCCACUAUCUCAGAGACGUCGGCGCCAAGCCCCUCGCCCGAUGCCCGACUCCGGCCCAUCAUCUAUCCCUUCUCCUCCUCCAAAUGCAGCUGUCUCCCCUCCAUCCCCUCAUGUGACUCCACCUCCAAUCCCGAGCCAUGUAACUGAUCCUCCUACUUCAUCCAAUAAUCAGGCCGAGCCCCCAUUGGCUCAUCCUUCCACCUCACAGCACGCUCAGGACGAUGAAGCUGGCCCCUCAGAACGACCUUAUACACUCCAACACGACCUUCAACUAUCCCGCCUGCAGUAUCUCCUCAGGAGCCUUCUUCAGCUCCUUCGGGUGCAACCACCGAGCCUUCAGCUCCUCCGGGCUUAUCUGCGGGUCCCUCAGGACCUCCUCCGCUUUUUUAUCAUAAUUAUUGUACUACCCUCCCUUCUGAGGAGCAAUUAUGGUCUCAAACAGAUGUUCCCACCAGCUCCCCAAGAUAAAAGGUCGUCUGGCCACUUUAUGGGAAGAAAGCCUGCAACAUAUGAAUUCCUUGCCUUCCCCGGCUCAGAUGGACCAAUUCGUAGAGCUGUAUAUCAAGAUACUUUCUGCAUGUUCCAGGCUUGUGCAGAAUCUCUGAUAGUGAAUCAUUUCUUCCAUGCUACUCAUUAUCAGAAUAAGAUGUUGCGCGACCAGGUUGCUAAACUGGAAUUGCAACUGAAUGAUCCCGUCCAGGCCAGCCAUGCUUUGAGGGUCGAAAUAAAAGAUUUAACCAAAAAGAAGAAUAGUCUGGAAUUAUCCCUAGCCCUAACCAACCAUGAACUCAGAGAUCUCCAGGAAAAGCAAAGUCAGGCUGAUAAUCUACACCAACAGAUUAUGAAUCAGCAGGCUAUAGAACAUCAAAGAGUUAUGGACCAGUUGGCUCAAAAGUUGCGUGCUGCCGAGACUCUGGUGCAGGAUCAAGACCAAAAGUUGAAAUCGCAGGAGGCCCUUUUGAAAUCUCAAGAGGCUCAGCUAACUUCCCAAGCGACAUUAUUAUCCACUGCCAGAAGUGAACUGGCUCAAGUUAGGGCCACCACAGAGGGCGUGUCAGCAGCUCUGACGAUCUACAGAGAAGGAGAGAACAAUAGCUGCUUGUAG